UCAUCAGUAUUUUAACAUGGCGUCCUGUGAGUCCCUUCUUGGCAGAAAACCAGUUAGGGUUAAAAGAUAUCCAACAUCAGGUCAUCUAAAACUUUGUAGCCCGGUCAUCUCUAAACUGUUUCUCUUAUUUUUCUCCUCUCCUAGUACCUUUUUGCUUUCUGCUGCUUUGUUUCUUUGUAUGUUUGUUCUGUUCUGUUUUAAAUCUGAGACAUUGCAACCUGGUGGUUACUGCAAAAACAAUAGUCUGAAAAGCACAACAUUACUUCCUGUACGGGUAGAUUCCCCAAAACUGAGUUUCCACAGUCGUUCCUGGAACUUGUGAAAGGGAAAAAAAAUGAAUUCCACCAGGAAGUUCUUGGCGAGCACCUGUUAUAACUGGUGUUUUAUGGCUCGGUGUUCAAAGAAUAAUGUCUCGGUCUUGUGUUUGUGUUGGUUUCAGCCGGGCCUCCGCUGUCCUCCUUCCAUGUCUCAAUGGACUCCUGAAUGUCAGUCAGCCCACACCCUAGAAGCGGAUAUGAAGAGUGACGUUUCUUCUGGUGCACCAAAGAGCCAGGAGAGCCUGAAGGGAAUCUACCUGAACCCGCCGCCGCCGCCGCCACCGCCGCCACCUCCCAUCGAGGCUGCCAAAAGCUUCCCGGAAGAAGAGGUAGAGAUGAUUGCCAGCAAAGUCGGGGAGGAAUUUUCUCACCUCUGCGGGGACUCUCAGAAGCAGAAAGGGGUCCCUGGGAGCCACCCGGAGCCAGAGGCCAUCGUCGUGCGGAAGAAGCGCAAGAGCCAGCAGGCGGGCCCCUCCUACGCUCAGAACUGCGGCAGCAAGGAGAGCGGCCGGGUCUUAGGGCUGAGGCAGCGCCUCGACACCCAGAGCGAGGACAACGACUCCUCUUUCAGCGAAUGUAUCUCUUCCCCUUCGUCUAGUUUGCAUUUUGGCGACUCCGACACCCUCACGUCCGAGGAGGACAAGGAGGCGGCCCCCGUGAGGCACACACGGUCGGUGUUAAACGCCUCCAGCAGAACUCACGGCUCUCGGCCGCAGAAGUGGCCUCGGACAGAGACGGAGACGGUGCCGGGCCUGCUCAUGAAAAGGCCCUGUUUCCACAGCGGCAGCUCUCUGCGGAGGCUCCCUUAUCGGAAGCGGUUUGUGAAAACCAGCUCCUCGCAGCGGACGCAAAACCAGAAGGAGCGGAUUUUAAGGCAGCGGAAAAAAAGGGAGGUCUUAGCUCGGAGGAAGUACGCUUUGCUACCCAGCUCUAGUAGCUCCAGCGAGAAUGACCUCAGUAGCGACUCCUCUUCCAGCUCCUCCUCGGAAGGGGAGGAAGAUCUCUUUGUGUCGACCGGGGAAACCCACCAGAACAGUAUGGCUGUUCCCUCAGGGACUAUCGAUGAAGACGUGGUGGUGAUCGAAGCGUCCUCCACUCCCCAAGCCACUGCCAAUGAAGAAAUCAACGUUACCUCAACAGACAGUGAAGUAGAGAUUGUAACAGUUGGAGAAAGUUACCGGUCUCGCUCGUCUCUUGGCCACCCUCGCUCCCACUGGGGUCACAGUUCAGGCCCACGACCGCAGGAGCAGCGGAAUCGGAGCAGGAUUUCUACAGUCAUCCAGCCCUUGCGACAGAACGCGGCGGAAGUUGUGGACCUGACCGUGGACGAGGACGAGCCGACGGUGGUGCCCACGACGUCUGCCCGAGGGGAACUCCAGCCUGCCAACCCGGCAUCCGACAGUAUCGGCCACCACGCCCCGGCCUCAGAGCAGGUCUCUGACGUCCCUCCCGGUGUCUCCAACACCCAGCCCUCCUUUGUCCCCGAGCCUCUGGUGGUCCUCACCGGCAGUGGAACCGCUGCUGGGAAUUCGGCAGGAGAGGACGCCAGAGGGAAUACCUCAAGUGCAACACUGGAACCCGGCCCCCCGGCCCUGCCGCGGCUGCCCUCCUGCUGCCCCCAGCAUUCCCCCUGCAGCGCCUCUUCUUCGCAGAGCCACCAUGUCCUGGGCCACUCGCACGCCAGCUGCUUCCAGCAGCACGGGCACCCCCUGCCGCACCACCACCAUCACCACCACCAUGCCCCCCACACCAGCGUCCCCCUCUCCCCGCCAUUCAGCGAAUCCAGCUGCCCUGUGGAGCGGCCUCCCCCCGCACCCGCGCCUGGUGGACCGAGCAGCACUGCGGGCACCGCUUAUCAUGACCAGGCAAGUGGAAUUCCUGCCUCUGAACUUCCCUUGUUUGUUCCUUGGAGCUCGAAGGGGGGGUCCCGCCUCCCCCAGCACUGGGCUCACGAGGUGAUCCAGAGGAUGGAGGUCCAGCGGAGAAGAAUGAUGCAGCAUCCCACGCGAGCCCACGAGCGGCCCCCGCCCCAUCCUCACCGGAUGCAUCCCAACUAUGGCCACGGGCACCACAUCCACGUGCCUCAGACCAUGUCUUCGCACCCGCGGCAAGCGCCAGAGAGGUCUGCCUGGGAACUGGGACUGGAAGCCGGAGUGACGGCCGCCACCUACCCACCGGGCCCAUUGCACCCUCACUUGGCACACUACCACACCCCUCCUCGACUCCACCACUUGCAGAUCGGUGCUCUUCCUUUAAUGGUUCCUGACAUGGCAGGCUACCCUCACAUCCGCUACAUUUCAUCGGGAUUGGAUGGAACUUCAUUCAGAGGCCCUUUCAGGGGCAAUUUUGAGGAGUUAAUCCAUCUGGAAGAACGCUUGGGAAAUGUGAACCGCGGCGCCUCCCAAGGAACCAUCGAAAGGUGCACGUAUCCACACAAGUACAAUAAGGUAACCACUGAUUGGUUCUCACAGAGGAAACUGCACUGCAAGCAAGAUGGGGAGGAAGGAGCCGAGGAAGACACGGAGGAAAAGUGCACCAUCUGUUUAUCGAUCUUAGAGGAAGGGGAAGACGUUAGGCGCCUCCCGUGUAUGCAUCUCUUCCACCAAGUCUGCGUCGAUCAGUGGUUGAUCACGAACAAGAAGUGCCCCAUUUGCAGAGUAGACAUUGAAGCGCAGCUGCCCAGCGAGAGUUGACGCCCUUUCGCCUCGCCCCCCACCCCCCCUCGCCCCCCCUGGCUGUCCUCUUCCACGCCCGCCCUUCCUGGGACUGCAGUCAACCAAAGAUGGCAUGACUUACCUGUGCAGAUGUGGGAAGCAUUUGAACCUGCUCGAGUGCCGUUUGUCUGCUCUGUGGUAUACCUAAUGCUAACCCUACAGUUCAGUGUAUUUAUAGAGCUUUCUGUUUGUUUAGAUCUUAUAAUUUCUGCCCCUCCCCCCUUUAACAUGUUUUCCUGUACCUUUGCAUGGUUCCUUGUAUUGCAUUUCUUUGCACAUGUUAUGGGCUUAGUGACCCUUCCCAAACUUGCAGGCAAGAUUUAUCUGCUUUAGAAAGUAGAAUUGUGUGGUCCUCUUAAUUUUUAAUUUUUAUUUUUUACAUAGUCGAGCUUUUCAGAGUAUGAUUUCACUCAUUACUAACCUCAAGAGUCCUUAAUUUAAUCAAGUAUUUUAGUUUGAAAUGUAUAAAGAAGAACUUUUUUUAAAAAAGGAUAUUAUUGUGUUUUUAAGACAUUCCUUAUUUAGGAAAAAAAAGCUGCUGUAAACUUGCAUUGGGCAGAAACGCUGCGUGCUUUUUCUUCACACGUCCCGUGAGAUGGAACGGGAGUCACACGGGGGGGGGCACUGCAAGCGUUGCUCGUUCCAAAUUGCGCCAUCUGUAAGAACUGGGAACAUAAACCUCCAGAACCCUUCAUUUCCGAUGGCCUGUUCAGAUCAUAUUUUUAUGUUCUUCAACCUUCAGCACAAUACAGAUAUAUUUGAAUGUCAAUAUUAAAAAAAAAUAUAUAGACUGCUGUCCGAUUGUAUGUACCAAUUUCUUACGUCUAGCAAUUUGAGUCUCUCUAGCAUCAUAUUUUGCUGCUGUGAAACAGCUCUAAUGAACACUAAAUAUUUGAUUUCAACUAGCUGGGUUGUAGAUAUAUGCAGAUUAAAUAUAAAUAAGUUUGUAGGGGGAGGGGGGAAGGAACGCAGUGUUUCUUUUUUGUUUGUUUUUUUCAUUUUGGUUCCUCAGUCUUUCAUUAUUUCAUGUAAGGAUCUGCACAAACUGCUUUUUGUAAAGAAAAAAAAAAGGAAAAAAAAGAGGUUAAAUCAAAAUUUAAGACUUUCAUUUCUUACAGCAAAUAUCCAUGAACGCAUAGAACUUUGGAAGGUCCCUGCUUUGUCACGGGGGCCCCUGGUAUUGUUGGGGUUUUCUUUUUUCCCUCCUUAAUUUUAGAUUGACAGUUAAUAAAGUUAGCUGAAUCCA